ACAAUCUUGUCUGAGUGAGUUGUCUCUGGUUUUGAGAGAGAGAGAGAGAGAGAGAGAGAUGGGGGUGGUGAGGAGCGAGGAGAGCAGGGAAGCGGAGAUAGAGGAGAUCAGAAGGAUAAUCGAAGGUGAGAGGACCGGGGAAGAGGAAUGGAAAGGGAAUAACGGCGGCGCCGACGAGCUACCGGGUGGUGCUGAUGGCCGGAUGGUGUGUGUGACAAGUGGCGUUUCCUUCUUGGGUUUUGCCCUCGUAGAUCGCCUCCUCUCCCGUGGUUUCACCGUCCGUCUCGCUUUAGAUUCUCAAGAGGACUUGGAGAAGGUGAGGGAGUUGGAGAUGUUCAGGGAGACGGACAGGGAUAGUGGUGGUGGGGGUGGUGUCUGGGCAGUGAUCGCCAAUGUCAUGGAUCUGGACAGCCUUUGCUGUGCCUUUGAUGGUUGCGCGGCGGUGUUUCACACUUCUUCUUUCAUUGAUCCCUCUGGUGUCUCCGGCUAUUCUAAACAAAUGGCAGAGAUGGAGUCAAGAGCUGCAGAGAGAGUAAUAGAAGCAUGUGUGAGAACUGAAUCUGUGAGGAAGUGCAUCUUCACAUCUUCACUUCUUGCCUGUGUCUGGCGACGCAGCUCCCAUCAUAACCACAGUCUCCCCACAAUUGUUGAUGAGAACUGCUGGAGUGAUGAAACCUUAUGCAGAGAUAGAAAGUUAUGGCUUGCAUUGGGUAAAACAAUGGCAGAGAAGGCUGCAUGGAGAGCAGCUCGCGGAAGGAACCUGAAACUGGUAACAGUAUGCCCUGCACUUAACACUGGUCCAGGAUUCUGCAGGCGUAAUGCUACUACAUCAAUUGCAUACCUCAAAGGAUCACAAGAAUUAUUCACCGACGGGUUGCUGGCAACAGUGAAUGUUAACAGAGUGGCUGAAGCACAUGUUUGUGUUUAUGAAGCAAUGGAUAGCACAGCUUGUGGGAGGUACAUUUGCUAUGAUAAUGUCAUUAGACGAGCCGAAGACACCAUCGAAUUGGAGCGACAACUCGGUAUUACAAACAGAAUAUCCGGAACAACAACCACCACCCUCGACGGCCCAAAUUCAUUCGAGUUGUGUAACAGCAAACUCUCUAGGUUGAUCUCUACUUCGAGAUGGUGCCACUAAGAUGGCGAUCAAAUCGCUCGACUGAGAGUACUGUUUGACUCUGUUUGUAUGAGCUUGCGUGUACAUCAUCAGACAGCCAAAUAAAUUAUUGCAUCUGUU